ACUAGACCGGUUUAGAAAUUCAGUGGAAGAGCAAAAUACAAAUAUUCAGUUAUGGAAACAACGAACUCGACCUGGGAGGGCAUUUCAAAGGCCAAACGCGAAGAACUUGGGGCUUCUAUUCCUGCGGAAUGGAUCAUCCCUCAGGAGAUCAUGCCCUCUCAAACCCGGCGUGACGUGACGACUUUCCCAGCCCAGUCAGGAUGGUUUACGAAGCGAGAGCUCACUAUUCUCUCCACCAACGCCGUUGAAACUGUAGGGCGACUUUCGAGCGGCGUAUGGACGUCUGAAGAAGUGACGCGAGCGUUUUGCAAGGCCGCCGCCGCCGCACAUCAACUGACGAACUGCCUAUCGGAGAUCUUUUUCGACGAGGCGAUUGCGCGUGCCAAAGAGUGUGAUGCGUAUCUUCGCAUGCAUGGAAAACCCAAGGGUCCAUUCCACGGUCUACCUAUUUCUAUAAAAGAUAACUUCAACAUCGUCGGCAAGGACUCGAGCAUCGGUAUAGCGUCGCUAGUAAAUAAGCCUGCUACUUACAACAGCACUAUUAUUGACAUCAUCCUGGAAUCAGGUGCAGUGCUAUACGUCAAGACAAAUGUUCCGACGGCUGUGAUGCUGCCUGAGACGGUCAACAACGUGUUUGGGCGAACGGUGAAUCCACUCAACAGGUCUCUCACACCCGGCGGAUCAUCAGGAGGCGAGGCAGCGCUGAUUGCCUUUGGUGCGAGUCGAAUCGGACUGGGGUCUGACAUAGGAGGAUCCCUCCGUAUCCCAGCCGCGUGUACUGGACUUUUCACAAUCCGCCCUUCAGCUGGGAGGUUCCCACACUGUCGAGCCCGCUCCGGCCUGACCGGGCAGGAGGCCGUGAUGAGUGUAAACGGCCCACUGGCCAGAACACUGGAGGAAGUCAUAUUCUACUCUAAAGCAAUUAUAGACCAGCAACCGUGGCUGCAAGACCCGAAAUGCCUUCCCAUCCCGUGGAGACCGGUCGUGGCAAAGAAAUAUCUAAAGCUCGCUGUGUUCUGGAACGAUGGUAUAGUCACCCCGACACCGCCCGUCGCGCGUGCCCUCAGAGAGACUGUUAGCAAGCUUCGAGCCGCUGGGCAUGAGAUCGUGGAGUGGGACCCGGUGGAACAUGAGAAGAUUAAUAGACUCCUACGCCGACUGUUUGUUGCUGACGGGGCCAAGUCGAUUCGCGGGCUGCUUGAACCAACGAAUGAGCCAUUCCGACCAGAGAUGCGGGCAUAUCAGGACUCUGUUGAGCUGGGUGUCCAUGAGAUGUGGAAUAUCCAGGCUACGAGAAGCGACCUGCAGAAGCGGUACCUCGACCAGUGGAAUGCGAUUGAAGGACUUGACGGGCUUAUAUGCCCGACCUCUCCGUGGUGUGCUCCCAAGCAUGGCAAGUUCAUCUACGGCGGAUACACUGGCGUCUAUAACCUCCUUGAUUACUCGGCGACCUCCUUCCCAUGCGGCGUCGAUGCCGAUGCGAAGACGGAUGCAGCGUACUGUGACCAUCGCCCGCUGAGUGAGAUGGAUAAACAAGUACAAAGCAAUUACGAUGCCAACAUGGUGGAUGGAAUGCCCGUGAGCCUGCAGCUCGUCGCGCGCCGGCUGGAAGAAGAGAAGGUCUUGAUGAUGACGGAUGUAGUGAUGCAUGCCCUACAGCCUGGUAAUUACCGUAGCAGGUUAUAGUAUGUACUUGGGUUAGUACAGCAUAUUUCAACAAGGUGAUCUAAAGCGUUUGAAGUAGUAAUGUCCACUGUGUAUGC